CAGAGAUAGAUAGAGAGAGAGAGAGAGGGAUUGCUACUUUCUCUCCGCUGAUAGAAACACACAGCAGAAGUUGAGAGCGCGCCGCUCCGGAUCUCUUCUGGAGGUUUCGCUGUUCUAAUCACGCGCGCGUUCGUUCUGAGCGGAUCCGUCCGAGCAUUCUGCUAUGAGCCGGACGCGACAGAAAGCGUGAUUGAUUGAUCAUUGUUGAGCGAUUGAAUGAUUGAAACAGUUGUCCACCUGCAGCUGGAGACGCCGGUGCGCUGAACGCGUCUCGCGGGUUUUGCGCUUUUUACGCAUCGGCUGGAUUUGUGCACAGGAGGGAUGUUGAAGACACCUGUCGUGGUUUUCACUUCUUUAUCGCUGCUGUUGUCGCUGUCAUGUGCUGGAGAUGUAAAAUCGCGCAGCUGCAGCGAUGUGCGCCAGGCGUUCACGACCAAAGGCUUCAGUCUCCACAAUGUGCCACAUCAGGAGAUAUCAGGUCAACAUCUGCGGGUUUGUUCCCAGGGCUACACCUGCUGCACUUCAGACAUGGAGGACAGGCUCGGCCAGCAGAGCAAGCUGGAUUUCGAGAAAUUAGUGGAUGAGAAAAGCCUCACCAUACGGACGGUAUUUACCUCCAGGCACAAAAAGUUUGACGAAUUCUUCCUGGAGUUGCUGGACAAUUCAGAAAAGUCGCUGAACGACAUGUUUGUGCGCACAUACGGCAAACUGUACACGCACAACUCGGAGAUGUUCGAGGAUCUGUUCUCUGAGCUCAAGCGUUACUACACCGGCGGAAACGUCAACCUGGAGGAAGUGCUGAACGACUUCUGGUCCAGACUUCUGGAGCGCAUGUUCCAGCUGCUCAACUCUCAGUACACCUUCACAGAGGACUAUCUGGAGUGCAUCAGCAAAUACAUCGACCAGUUAAAGCCCUUCGGAGACGUGCCACGCAAGCUCAAGGCUCAGGUCACCAAGGCCUUCAUCGUGGCUCGCUCGUUCGUUCAAGGACUCAUGGUGGGUCGGGAAGUGGCCAACAGAGUGGCAAAGGUCAAUGUAUCUCCAGGUUGCAGUAAAGCAUUGACUAAAAUGCUCUACUGUCCAUACUGUGGAGAAACGCCAGGCCUCAAACCCUGCGCCAACUACUGUCAAAACGUGAUGCGGGGCUGCCUGGCCAACCAAGCGGACCUGGACCCGGAGUGGAACCUCUUCAUUGAUGCCAUGCUGCUGGUGGCUGAUAGACUGCAAGGGCCCUUCAACAUCGAGGCUGUCAUGGAGCCGAUAGAUGUAAAGAUCUCCGAGGCCAUCAUGGCCAUGCAGGACAACAGCAUGCAAGUGUCAUCCAAGGUGUUUCAGGGAUGUGGUCAUCCCAAAGCAGCUGGAGUGGGCCGUUCUGCCCGCGGGAUCUCGGAUGUGUUCAACAGUCGCUUUAAACCCUACAGUCCAGAAGAGAGGCCGACCUCGGCAGCUGGCACCAGCCUGGACAGACUGAGGAAUGUCUGGAGGACGAUGCAACACAGCGUGAUCGACAUUAAGGAGAAGUUGAAGGAGUCGAAGAAAUUCUGGUCGUCGCUGCCAGACAGCAUCUGUGCAGAGGACGAAGUGACUGACCCAGAUGAGGAGCAGUGCUGGAACAGUCACACAAAGGGAAGAUAUUUCCCUGAAGUUGUAAAAGACGGUCUCACGAACCAGCUCAAUAACCCAGAGGUGGAAGUGGACAUCACCAGACCGGACACCUUCAUCAGACAACAGAUCAUGACCCUGCGAGUGAUGACCAACAAGCUGCGAAACGCCUACAACGGCAAAGACGUCUACUUCCAGGACUCCAGUGAUGAGGAGAGCGGCUCGGGGAGCGGAAGCGGCUUCACCACAGAACCGGAAGUGGUGCAUACGGAGCCGCCGAUGCUGGAAGCAGACAAAAGUGACCCUCAGCCACCAGCAGACGCAGCGGGCCCUCGGCAGACGCCUUCACUGCAGUUACUGUCCGCCGUAACGGCCCUCACAUGGCUGCUGCUGCUGCUGCGGUGGAGAUAAUGGCAGUAGACGGCACGCAGCCGCACGGACGCUUAAGACAGACGCAGCGUCGCUCACGCUGUUAGCCUUUCCCUAACUGGACCGGACAUUUUCCAAAAAAAUAGCAAGAAAAAGCCCAUGAAAAAAGGAGAGCAAGCUAGUUAGCUAGACAUGAGGAGGAAACCUUUGCAUCCUGCUUGUUCCAAAGAAUGCUUGGUGCAAUCAGAAGCCAACUGCUCUCAUUUCUAAAUGAAGUUAAAAGAAAAGCAAACUUUUAGGGUGAAAAGUGGUCGCCGUGCAAAUGGGAUCGCUUUAUGUUUUUCGGAAAAGAAUGGGAAAAUAUGAAAAUCUAUUUUUGUUUUCCUUUUAUACUGCAUAAAAUGAGACAAAAUACAAAAUACGUUUUUUUUUCUUUUCUUUUUUUUUUUUUUUUUUGCGUUUUGCUCUUCCCGAGUUCAUUGUGCGACAAAAAGCAGACAUUAUAAAGAAAAAAAGUAAGAAUAAAAAUCUAUAUAAAUCAACUUGUUUAUGUACCACUGUGAGAAUGCAUGGGGAGGUCGUGAGUAAAUGUUUUUAACUGUGAUUUUCACACGAUUUUAAUGCUUUUACUCUUUUUUGAAGUGUAUUUGUUGUUCUUUUGCUAGGCUGAUGGCGAUUUAAGUUCAUUUUAUAGGACUUCUGAUGGUGAGCGUGAAGGUCAAGUUUUACCGAGGGCUGCUCCUGCUUAAUUCAAAAUUAAUGAUCCAUAUCUUAAUAUAUAAAGGUUUAGUUAUAAAAUGUUUUCUUACAGAGAAAGAUUUAUUUAUAUUUCUUAUAUAAUUAUAUAUUUUGGCUUUACCGGAUAGCAACUUUUAUUCAGAAGCGCGUAUCUAACAAAAUAGCUCUCGCAAAUCUUUUUUUUUUUUUUUUUUUUCUUGGUUUUGCUAUUUUCAGUUCGUUAAUUUAUCUAACAAAUAUUUUCUUUUUGGAUGUGCCUGGUACAGGCUAUUUUAAAAUACAUUUCUUACUGAAUAACUCCUUCGCCCCGUGUGUAAUUCUGAUUUGGGAUAGUUUUUCUAGUGAAAAGCCAGUGUUAAGCCCGACUGAUUCAUGUUCCUUACGCUCAUUUAUAUACUCAUCAUUCUAAUUGAUUAUGUAUGCAAAACCUCAUUUACUCAUCAACAGCUUUUUCAGUCUUUAUAUGUAGCUCAUCAUAUCAUCAUUUCAUGUAUAAACAUUUACAAAAUUAUUUUGUUGUGAAACAACAGGCCUCAUUUAUGAAACUAAAGCAGAUUAAAUUUGUGUGUAAAUACUAAAUAUUCUGUGUUUUGCAACAUGCAAAAUGUUUCUUUGAAUUACCAUUUUUGACAGAUUUGGAGAAAAGUAGCAUUCCAACACAAUGGAUGCUCUGCAGUGAAUGGGUGCCGCCAGAAUAAGAGUCCAAACAGCUGAUAAAAACAUCACAAGUAAUUCACACCACUCCAGUCCAUCGGUUAAUAUCAUGAGAAGCCAAAAGAUGCGUGUUUGUAAGAAACAAAUCCAUCAAAAUGUUUUUAACCCUAAAUUGUUUCCUCCAGCUAAAAUACAAGUCCAUAAUCCACAAUAAUGAUUCAUCCAUCGAAAAAGUCAUCUCGUCUGAAUCAGGAGAGAAGCACUGUUAACAAGAGAAAAAAGUGCAAAAUAGCUGUAAACAAAUGUGUGGGUGGAUUUUGAUGGGAGAGACAACAGGAGAUGGACUUAUUCCCUGGUGGGAAGCAUUAUUAUGGAUUAUGGACUCAUAUUUUAGCUGGAAGCAAUGGGUUAAAUUUAAAAAUGUCUUGAUGGAUUUGUUUCGUACAAGCACGCAGCUUCUCUCUUCACAAGACAUUUAUUGAUGGACUGUAGUGCUGUGGAUUAAUUGUGGAUUAUUGUGAUGUUUUUAUCAGCUGUUUGAACUCUUAUUUUGACGGCACCCAUUCGCUGCAGAGGAUCUAUUGGUGAAACAGUGAUGCAAUGCUACAUUUCUCCAAAUCUUAUGAAGAAACAAACUCAUCAACACCUUUUAUUUUUUGGAUGAACUACCGUAUGCCUUUAUUUUAAAUCGCAUUCAACAUUUUUUUAAUGAAAGACUUACAUUGUUCUGCUUAUGUUUCACGAACGAGGCCCGAUGUGUUUGAGUGGCUAUGAAUGUUACAAGGGCACUUUCUUGGGUUGACUUGUAUCUGUAGUUAUGAAUGUUCCCAAUCCAGUGCAAUUCAAAUUCGAUUUCUACAUUGAAGAAACUGACAUAAUAACCAGUUUAAUGGCUCAGACCUCCCAUUAUGAAUGCUGGCAUGUGUUAAUGUAUCGUUUUAUGACAGCCUCUCCAAACAACUUGUGGUUUAUGGAAGGAUGUUGUGCAUUCACCCAGAACCGCAAAGCUGUGCUUUAAGUUCAAAGCUGCCUGCUAAAACAUCAUGCUUCUUGUCAUCAUUGAAAUGCAAAGAUGCUAAAAGAUCCUCAUAUGUCCUCUUCUCAUAGAUGCGUGAAGGUUUAAUUGAGCAUCAGAGAGGAUGGGUGGCGUGUGGAAUAUAGACACACAAGCAGCUUUGAAAAUAAAAUGAGAGAGAGUCCGGGGAUGCUUCACUGCAUCUGGUUUUGAAGGCAGGACAGGGAGCAGAAAACGCUGUGCUUUUUUGCUCAUGCGUAGGUACUUUUGUCUUCCCAGAAAGGCUCAGAAAGCACCUCGGUGGGUUUUGGAAAUGAGAAAUUCAGUGAGCCAGGAGAGAGGGCACGUUGAGGAAAGGUCGAACACAUAGCUGUGUCUUAAAGUCAACAUGAAGUCAGAUUUUGAACCCCAUUCACUGAAACAUCUUCCAAGCUCUUGUGCUGUGCUGAAAGUCCUUUACCUAAUUUGUAAUUUGCAUUUUCAUAAUUGCUUGUAAGUCUGUCAUUGUAUUAUAUUAUCCUCAAAUAUUGGAUUUAAUCUUUUUGUCCUUGUGCCUUUUUUUUUUUUUUUUUUUUUUUAAUUAGCACAGGUUCUGUGUUUCUUUUUGGAGUUGCUUGAUUGCUGGUAUAUGAUAUUUAAUGCAUUAACUUUGACAGCCCAAAAAGUUGCUAGUCAUUUUUGACCAGGAACACCACAAGUUCAAUGAGGAGGUUAAACUAAUAAAUAAAUAAAUCUCAUACACCAUUAACUUACUUUUUCAGGAAAAAAAAUAAAAUUAAAUAAUAUCCUCUCCAGGUAAUUUUUUUUUUUUUUUUUUUUUUUUUUUUUUUUUAUGAACUCAAUGGAAGUAAAUAUGACAGUCUAUGUUGACUUUAAGUGUGAGAUAUAAUUGCAAAAGGAAAUGAAGAUGCAAAUGUGCAAAUGCAGAAGAGAAAAACACAGAAUGAUUUCUAGAAGGUAUAAUUCAUGAAUGCUUAUCAGAUGAUGACGUUGCUUUAAGAAAGUCAAUAGAGGUUGAGGGUCUCAAAAAGGUUGGUUGCUAUAUAGAUCAAGAAGGGCCACAUUAGUGCAAAAACAGACUUUUUCCCCCCUCUGUUUUCUCUUCCACUGCCCUCCAUUCUUGUACGUUCCUGUCAGAAUCUGAAGAUGAAGCAUGUUAUGUAAAACUUUUGCUAAUAGAUUGCGUGUUUCUACUUGUGGUCUGAAUGUAUUUGGCUUUUCUCUUUUGUGCGGAGAUGAUAUUGAUUCAAUGCCUAUUUUAUUGGUCUCGGACGAUGCUAAGACUAAGCCGUCUAUCCGUCAAAAAGACAAUUGGUUUUUAUUUUUCAUGCUGUAAUGUGUUUGAUGGAUGCAAACCAGAUCCAAGCACUCUGAGUGAAUCUGUUUCUAUAGUUUUGCUUUCUUUUUCCACACUGCACUUUGAAAUUGAGUUCCACCUUUAGAUCUUUAUAUGAGUGACGAAAAAAGAAAAAAACAAAAGAAAACCGUUUACAUGUAAACAAGUACAAGCCAUGUCAAUUACAUGUUUGAAACACUUUAAGAAGAUUGUGGUCUGAAAGUGAACGUUGUUCCUACUGAAGCACGCUGCUUUGAGCUACUAUAGGUGAAGUUUUAAUGCGACGUUUAUGUCGUGCAAGCAGACAUGCCUUACAGUUUGUUUUCUUUUCUUUUUUUAAGAAAAAAGUACUAAAUGGAUUGCGUAUUUGAAUUUUGUUACUCUCUCUUAUAUACGGACAAGUAAUGAAGGGGUGCAAAUAAACAUUUUAUAUACCAAAA